CAAUGGCAAAUCAACCGCCGCCAAAGUACCUGCCAAGUCUCUGCGCUUUAGAGGAUCAGGCUAAGCCUAGAAAAUCGCCCGUACCAUAUCUGAACCUCAAGUCAUCACUACCGAGACGACCUUUCAGAGACUUCACCUCCCACCACCUCCUUCCCUCCUGCACGCUCGCCCCCCUCCGGUACCUCCGACAGCUUCGAGAUAGUCCUAUACCACUUAUAUCCAUCCAGGAUAGGCUUCAAUCGCGUUCAUUGGCAUUGGAGUCUAGAAAGGGGUGGCGCAGCGCCCAAUGGCGCGACGACCUCCGACCUUGGGAUCGUUACCAAUGGAAGAGAUCAAUACAUUAAGGCGACUGUCGAUCGAAAUCCCUAAUCCCAACAUCUUCAGUGACGAAUACGCUGUCAACCCCUUCGACGCCCCGUCGGACCACAGUCCGGUCGAUUCGAUUGACAGCCGACCGGAACAGCUCAACCUCAGCAGCGAUCUACGGCAUCGUUCUCCCUCAAUCAACCGUUCCUCCAUACCCGAAAGAAACAAUCACACUCUUCGCUCCGCGGAUCCCCACCGGGCCAUAUCACUCUCGUCCCGUUCCAUGGCAGACACCCAGCGAACACUAAGCACAUCCUCACGGCUCUCCAUACCCCGAAGCCAGAGCCCUUAUCGAGGGCCGACGGCACCAAGCCAGCCAUAUGGCAUGUAUUCACAAGUAACCCGUGCCUCGAGCAUCGCAAGUGAAUCGACGAUCAGGCCUGUGGAGCGACCCUUUUUAUCACAUACCGCACCCGAACAUCCGUACUCUAUGUACCCGCAAAACACGGUACCUGAAGAAGAUCUCGAUCAAGAUACACAUGUACCUCUCGGAUUCCCGGUCCUAGGCCUUCACUCGGGUUCCAACUCGACUGGAGAUGACGCUGGUGAUAUCGUGGGGACUGAUGGGCACGUCGAACAGCUACCUCCCUAUAGUAGGUAUGCCGACAACGUUAUUGCAAAGGGCGACAUGGCGAGAUUAGACGCGGCAACGACUAUGCAGCAUUCAGGGUCCGGGUCUCCUGUUCAGCCUGCCGUCUCUCCGGCAUCAGAUGUCGAAUUGACGACUGUUGGAGCAGGUGCUCCCAUGGAAGAGGUGGCCAGAAAAGAGGGAUUUGUUCAGAAGAAAUUGAAGAGAUCGUGCUGCGGAUUGCCUUUAUGGGUAUGGCUGGUACUGGUUCUGGUGGUCUGUCUGGCAGCCGUUCUCGGUGGUGUGAUUGGUGGUGUCGUAGGGAAUCAGAAGGGAGCACAAAGUGCUGCGUCUGCUACCACUACCGUGUGGCUCGACGCCGAUCCCGCCUCCACAGGGCCUUCGACGCCGUCUUGCCCGACCGGACACUGGACAAUACCUCUCAACAACACUGAUCAAGUCAGUUCCUGCGUUGUUGGCGGUGCGCCUCAAAGCGUCUGGGACUGCAUGGACUUUGCGAAACUCGGUAUCAAUAUUUUCGACAGCGGCCAGAACGGAAGCCAUCCAGGGCCCCCUUUAUCGGUGGUGUUUGACGAUUACUCCUUGAGCCCACAGUUGUUCAGAUAUGGACCGCAACCCCCCGACUUUAAUGGCUCAGCGUUCGUACUAAAACCCUUCAACGACAAAGACGAUGAUCAGUUGGGAAUCGCCUUGUUCUUUAGUGUUCUUUUUGAUAAAGUUAAUAUCUUACCGGCCUACGCGCUCACCACCCCCAGUGCGGGUUCGAAAAGGUCGCUACCUGCUGCCGAGCUGAUGAAGCGGGAUGCAGACUGGAUGGGAUCCUAUCUCAGUGUUGGCGAUCAACCAUGGUAUUGCUUCUGGAAUUCCACGAUCAGCGAGUUCUGGAUCUUCCUGGACGAGAAUAUGGACGGCACGAGCACAGCCAAUGCCACCAUCACGUCCUCCACUGGCAUGGCAACAAACACAGCCUCCACUUCAAACCCAGCCACGUCGGCCGCAUAUACGACGUCGCCACCAACGCCAACGCCGUCGUCGGCUACGCAGACUGGUGCAAGCCCCAGUACGACAACAGGCGCGACGAGCUCGGAUGGCUACUGGAAUGGGGAGAAGAUGAAGCGCUCAGCUGCCAGCGGAAACGGCUCAACAAGCUUCCCCAAGCUGGUCAAGAUGCUUGAAAAGCGCAAACCCGGCCAGAAUAUCCAGCCAUAUUGUCAACAGAUGCAAGUGCUCAACGACUGGCAAAUUGUUCCUAUUCCGACUGUGCAAACCAUUGCGGUCGAGGAGUUAGAAUCGACACAGUCUGCAUCUGCAACUGCAACUUCAGGUGGCAGCAGACUGGCGAUCCGUAAGAGAGACUCAACAGAAGGGGUAGGGUCAAACUGUCUCUGCGAAUGGUUCAGUAUAUGAGGCCGAAAAAGAAUUUGCUCCUGCCUUUUGAUGUGUUUACGAGUAAUGAUUAAUUUACGGUGGAUGGGGUUUUCUUGUCUGGUGUAUCGGUGUAUAUCAGCGAAAACAUUUGCCAAAGCUUUUUGCAAAUGUC